AUGCCCAAGGCCAGUUCGGAGGAGGAGCUGCCGCAGAUAUGCCAGACAUGUUUGGGCAGUAAAGACAACAUACGCAUGACGAGGGACGUCAAGGGCGAGCCCUGCAAACUGUGCAAUCGGCCGUUUACCGUUUUCCGCUGGCAGCCUGCACCAGGUGCGCGACGCAACGCGACCAAGAUCUGUUCGUCAUGCUCCCGCAGACGGGCCGCCUGCCAAUGCUGUAUGCUCGAUCUCAACUACGGCCUGCCCCUGUCGCUGCGAGAUUCGGUGCUGAAGAUCUCUGCAGACCCGGGACAAACCCCAGUCACCCAAAAGUAUAUUGCCGAGAACAGCGACAGUGCCGAGACGCCGCAGCUGAUUCACGAUCGGUCGCAGGACCUGCUGCGCAAGCUAUCGCAGAAACUGGUAUCGGCCGAGCCUGUUGCAGCAGUAGAGGCCGAGACGGAUCCCGAUCCAAAACGGGCCGCCCGCAACAUUCUCAAGCAGCUGCCCCUGGAUGGAAGCAUUCGCUCGAAUCACAAUGCGUAUUCGGAUUUAUUUAUUAUGGGGCUAGAACCAGACUUGAACUUGGACCAUUUGCGAUCUAAGCUGAACGGCCUUGGAGCAUUGAACGAUCUGAAGGCGUUCAAAACGGCCCGUUGUGCUUUUGCUUCGUUCACAGACAACGACCAGGCCGUGAAGGCGGCCGGCCAGCUGUCUCAGACCAAUGGCCUGCUCACCGUCAACGGCAACAGACUGCGGUUCGUCUGGGGGCCCCGCGAGGUGCCAUUGGGCUCCGCUAAGGUACAAAAAAUCAUUGGCUUGGUUAUCAGGCGCUUUAUGAAAACGGGAAAGCUGCCUGGGGACUCCCAAGAGACUGAGUCUGCGACUUCAUCUUACAAGUCCGCCCAGCCAGAUUACGACGACUAG